AUGUCGAAACUCUUUGAACCACUCAACAUUGUGCACAAAGAUUUAAAGCACCGCAUCGUCAUGGCACCCCUUACCCGGUUCCGUGCGAGUGACGACCAUAUUCAACUCCCCAUGACAGUUGAAUACUACUCUCAGCGUGCUUCCGUCCCGGGAACCUUGAUUAUCACAGAAGCCACAAUCAUCUCACCAAGCCACGGCGGUGUCCCCAAUGCCCCGGGCAUCUGGAACGACGCUCAAAUUGAAGCCUGGAAGAAAGUAGUGGAUGCCGUGCACGCGAGAGGGUGCUUCAUCAACUGCCAGCUCUGGGCACCCGGUCGGGCGGCUGAUAAAGCCACACUCUUGAAAGAAGCUGGGCAUGGGCUUCUGUCGGCCAGUCCAGUCUCUUUGACAGAUUGUGCCUGUCAGCCCCAAGCCAUGUCGGAAAGUCAGAUCCAGGACGCCGUCCAGGAUUAUGCGCAAGCGGCGCGGAAUGCGAUGAAAGCGGGGUUUGAUGGGGUUGAGAUCCACGGGGCUAAUGGCUAUUUGCUAGACCAGUUUUUGCAGAAUACCUCUAACCAGAGGAAGGAUGCUUAUGGUGGAAGCGUGGAGAAUCGCGCACGGUUUCCCUUAGCUGUUGCCGAGGGGGUCGUUCGGGCGAUUGGGCCAGAUAAAAUUGGGUACCGUAUUAGCCCUUGGAGCUCGUUCCAGGGCAUGCGGAUGGGCCAUCCAAUUCCUCAGUUUUCUUAUCUGGUUGAGAACCUGAAGACUCUGAAGUUGGGGUAUCUCCAUGUCAUUGAAUCGAGGGUGCACAACAAUGUUGAUGUCGAAAAGACGGAGGGAAUCGAGUUUGCGUUGGAUAUCUGGGGAAAGACUUCUCCUGUGUUGGUUGCUGGCGGAUUUACGCCGAAGUCUGCGAAGUAUGCAGUCGAUCAAGAGUAUCCGAACAACGACAUCGGUGUUGUCUUUGGAAGAUCUUUUCUCGCGAACCCGGAUUUGCCAUUUCGGAUUGAGCAUGAUCUUGACCUCACUAAAUACGAUCGAUCGUCGUUUUAUGCCCCAAAGCAGGCUGAAGGGUACACCGAUUACCCGUUCAGCAAAGAGUUUUUGGUUUCUGUGUCAGGAUAG